AUGGCUACAUUAGCUCCCAGCCCCAGUUCACCUCUCCGUUCUGAUGAUCUAAGUGAUACUUCAGAUGCCCCUGUAUUGAACCAAGUGUCCUCUGAAGUGACUUCCCAGCUCUAUGCUUCUUUGCGCCUCAGCCGGCAGGCAGAAACUACAGCCCGAGCCCAGCUGUAUUUACCCUCCACCUCCCCACCUCCUCAUGAAGCGUUAGAGGGCUUGGCCCAAGAGCUGAGUCGAAGCUUGUCAGUCGGAUUGGAGAACAACUUGAAGAAAAAGGAUGGUUCUAAGCAUAUCUUUGAGAUGGAAAGUGUCCGUGGUCAACUACAGAGCAUGCUCCAAACCUCACGUGAUACAGCUUAUCGGGACUCUCUUACUCCAGGUGUUAGCUCCGAGAGAAGGGAAGAAGACUCCUUUGACAGUGACAGCACAGCCACCUUGCUCAACACCCGGCCUCUGCAAGACUUAUCUCCAUCUAGUUCAGCCCAAGCCCUGGAGGAAUUAUUUCCCCGCUACACCAGCCUUCGGCCUGGACCCCCACUCAAUCCUCCAGAUUUUCAGGGCCUGAGAGACGCCUUGGAUUCAGAGCAUACCCGCCGCAAGCACUGUGAGCACCAUAUUCAGAGCCUACAGACCCGCGUGCUAGAACUACAGCAGCAGUUAGCUGUGGCUGUGGCUGCUGACCGCAAGAAAGACAUUAUGAUUGAACAACUGGACAAGACCCUGGCCCGUGUGGUAGAGGGCUGGAAUCGGCAUGAAGCUGAACGGACAGAAGUGCUUCGGGGACUCCAGGAAGAACGCCAGGCAGCUGAACUCACCAGAAGCAAACAGCAGGAGACAGUAGCCCGCCUGGAACAAAACCUUUCUGAGACCAUGGAGGCCCUGAAUCGUGAGCAGGAAGGUGCCAGACUACAGCAACGGGAAAGGGAGACACUGGAAGAGGAAAGGCAAGCUCUGACUUUGAACUUAGAGCUAGAACAACAGCGUUGCCAGGCCCUGCAAGAAGAACGGGAUGAGGCUCGGGCUGGGCAACUCAGUGAACAUCGACAGUUGGAGAUACUUCAGGCUGCCUUAGCAGAAGAGCGGCAGAGAUGGGCCCAGCAAGAGCACCAACUAGAGAAACACUGCCAGGCACUGCAAGAGGAGGCACAGGUUCAGUUGGAAAGGGAAAAGGGGAACACCCAGAGGGAAGCUAAGAUAGCCUUGGAGGCACAGCAGCAGUUGUCAUUGAUCCAAUCCGAGAUUCGGCGCUUGGAGGGAGAGCUGGACACAGCUCGGAGAGAGCGAGAUGCCUUGCAGCUGGAAAUGAGUUUGGUGCAGGCCCGGUAUGAAAGCCAGCGGAUCCAGAUGGAGUCAGAGCUGGCUGUGCAGCUGGAGCAACGAGUGACAGAACGGCUGGCACAGGCUCAGGAGAGCAGCCUCAGGCAAGCGGCCUCUCUACGGGAACAUCACAGGAAGCAGCUGCAGGAGCUAAGUGGACAGCAUCAACAGGAAUUGGCCACUCAGUUGACUCAGUUCAAGGUGGAAAUGGCAGAACGAGAGGAACGACAGCAGCAAGUGGCUCAGGACUAUGAGCUCAGGUUAGCCCGGGAGCAAGCACGAGUGCAGGACUUGCAGAGUGGGAACCAACAGCUGGAAGAACAGAGGGUGAUGCUGAUAGAACGAAUCCAAGCCAUGCUACAAGCCCACUGGGAUGAGGCCAAUCAACUGCUUAGUGCUACUCUCCCAUCUCCAGACCCCCCGGUCCUUACCGCUGACCCUUCCAGCCCUGUGCCUCAAGAACCAGAGAAGGGAGAGAGAAGGAUGUGGACGAUGCCUCCUGUGGCGGUGGCCCUGAAGCCUGUAUUGCAGCAGAGCCGGGAAAUCAGGGAUGAAUUACCUAGAGUACCACCUGUUCUCUGCAGCCCCUCCUCAGAGCUUAGCCUCCUGCUGGGUCCCAGUUUCCAAAGUCAACAUUCUUUUCAGCCCCUAGAACCCAAACCAGAUCUUACAGCUGAGUCUUUUUCUUUUGCAGUUGGGGCCUUUGAUCCUGAUUACAGGGCAGAGCGGCCAUUCCCAGAAGAAGAUUCUGGGACUGAUGGGGAUGGCUUCCUAAAACAAGGACUACUGCCCCCUUCUCAGCUGGUUGGCCUCAAGCAUUUUUUGCACCAGCUGCUGGAGACAAUACCCCAGAACAGUGAAAAUCCGCCAGUUGAUCUGUUGCCCGCUAAAUCUGGUCCUCUGACUGCCCCAUCUUGGGAGGAAGCCCCUCAGGUGCCACGCCUUCCACCCCCGGUCCAUAAAACUAAAGUUCCCUUAGCCAUGGCAUCUAGUCUCUUCCGAGUACCUGAGCUUCCUUCAACCCAGUCACAGAGCAGUGGUCCCAGCAGUGGCUCCCCAGAAAGAGGUGGAGAUGGGGUACCAUCCUCAAGGCAGCUGAUGGAGAUGUCACAACUGUUAAGACUAUACCAAGCUCGGGGUUGGGGGACAGUGCCUACUGAGGAUCUGCUGCUCUACCUGAAGAGGCUGGAACACAGCGGGGCUGAUGGCCAAGGGGAUAAUGUCCCCCGACGAAACACAGACUCCCGCUUGGGUGAGAUCCCCCGGAAAGAGAUUACCUCCCAGGCUGUCCCUCGCCGCCUUCCUACAGUUCCUAAGACUGAAAAACUCUCAGGACGGAAGAAAAGUGUGCACCCUGCCCCUAAUAGUGUGAGGAGCCGGGGGGGAGUGUGGAGAUAG